CUCGGGGAUUUCCGAUGCACCGGAAAUGAUGCAGUCAGAUUAGGUUAGGGGUACAGACAAGAAUGGUUUGCAUUAUUGCCACAACAAGCAGCUAACCACAGUUUUCCGAAGUUACGAAAAUGGUUGCCGAUAUGGAGGCUGAGCGAGCAAAGCAGAGUUUACUAGAGCUUAUCAAACUCAGAGAUAAAGUGGAAUCAGACUUGCGAGCGUUUAAGGAAAUUCUCGAUUCUAGCCAUGUUGGCAUGAGCGAGCCACUAGUUGACUCCGAUGGAUUUCCACGCAACGAUAUUGAUGUCUACCAAGUCAGACACACACGACAUAAAAUUAUAUGUUUGCAAAACGAUCACAAAGCUUUGAUGAAACAAAUUGAGGCUGGGCUGCAUCAAGUGCAUUCCUUGGCUAGCAACAACACAGAAGAAAUCGCACAUAUUGCAAGCGGUACACAAGAAAUUAUACUUUCCGAACCCUUUUUGAAAGUCAACAUAGUGUCGAGUGGUUCACCGGCUGAAAUUGCAGGCAUACAGGAGGGAGAUUUGAUCAUGGAGUUUGGAUCCAUAGACUCUCGCAACUUUAAGUCUCUGAGAGAUAUAGGGGAGUUGGUUGAGCGAAGUAGACACAAGCCGGUAUUUGUAAAAGUGAAACGUGGAGUUACCGGCCAUGUUCUAACUCUGCUUCCUAAACCCUGGAGUGGAAAUGGUCUUCUCGGGUGUAACGUAGUAACUGUUGAGUCAGUCGAAAGAUAAAAAUUAUAAUUUAAGUUACCAAGUAAUCAUUAAAAAAAGCAGAGGUUAAACUUGUACAUCUCAUUUGCAUAAUAUACUUUGUCAUUAAAUGCUGUCCACCAUCUGUCAA